CGUGCUGUGGGCUGUUAACAGUGUGCUGUUAGGCGCACGAAUCGCUGGCCAGCAAAAACAAACUGCAAAAAUAAUAAUCCCCGGAGUUUUGCAUCUCAACGCAUAAAAUCGACACCAAAACCAAGAUGCAGAAGUACGAUAAAAUGGAGAAGAUCGGGGAGGGCACCUAUGGCACGGUGUUCAAGGGCCGCAACCGCGACACCAUGGAAAUAGUGGCCCUGAAACGGGUGCGACUGGACGAGGACGACGAGGGUGUGCCCAGUUCCGCCCUCCGGGAGAUCUGCCUGCUGAAGGAGCUGAAGCACAAGAACAUUGUGCGCCUCAUAGACGUCCUGCACUCGGACAAGAAACUCACCCUGGUCUUCGAGCACUGCGACCAGGACCUCAAGAAGUACUUUGACAGCCUCAACGGGGAGAUCGACAUGGCCGUCUGCCGGAGCUUUAUGCUCCAGCUGCUCCGCGGUCUGGCCUUCUGCCACAGCCAUAAUGUCCUGCAUCGCGAUCUGAAACCACAGAACCUGCUGAUCAACAAAAACGGCGAACUGAAGCUGGCUGACUUUGGUCUGGCUAGAGCCUUUGGCAUCCCCGUCAAGUGCUACUCCGCGGAGGUGGUGACCCUAUGGUACCGACCACCCGAUGUCCUGUUUGGAGCCAAGCUGUACACAACCAGCAUAGACAUGUGGUCGGCUGGAUGCAUUUUGGCCGAGCUGGCGGACGCUGGGCGACCGUUGUUCCCUGGCUCUGACGUGCUCGACCAGCUGAUGAAGAUCUUCCGAGUGCUGGGCACCCCCAACGAAGACUCCUGGCCAGGCGUUUCGCACCUCUCCGACUACGUGGCGCUUCCAUCCUUUCCGGCCAUCACCUCGUGGAGUCAACUGGUACCUAGGCUAAACUCCAAAGGACGCGACCUGCUGCAAAAGCUGCUCAUCUGCCGACCAAAUCAGCGAAUUAGCGCGGAGGCAGCGAUGCAGCAUCCCUACUUCACGGACAGCAGUUCAUCGGGCCACUGAGGUCGGAUGGUUCUAAACAAGCCCCUGUUUUCACGAUCUUCGAUAAGACUUAAGCCCAAACCCAAGACCUUGUCCAGCAAGGCAUGUGCGCAGUCUCCACAGAUCGUUUAAUUAUAUAUGUAUGUCCAUGCAGUAGAGGUCGAUAAUAGGCUAAGAUAAAAUGUUUUUAUAGUUUCGUUUGUAUUAUUUACCAAAGCAAAAGCGGUUUGAUUGUUGACAAUCUCUACCAAUGUGACACCUAAUAUAGCCAUUUUAGCUGCCAAAUUAAUCUUUAUCUUUAAAACACUAAUUGAUUCAGUAAAAUCGUUUUAUUUUUAAAUAUGUUUUUGUUGAGUAUAUCGAUAAGAUCCGAAAAAAUGUUCAAAUUCCCAGACGAUAUCUACUGUUUGCGUGAAGGUGCAAGAAAUAUUUGAAAUCCUAGUUUCUGUUUACUAGGCAAUGCAUAUGGUUUCCAAAUUUAAUGAGUAGGACAAGAGUACCGAAGUUCUUCUGAUAAAAUUCGUUGUGGAUUCCUAAGAAUUCCGAUCUUUCUGAUUGACAUGCGUCAUUAAGUAAAUUAGAAUCAAAAAAUUGAGUUGUAACCUAGAUUUUUAAACCAAUAAAGACACUUACCGCAGCACUA